CAGCAGAGAGGGACAGGGUGGGACCUGGAGGUUGUACUGAUUUACAUUUUUAAGCGAUAUCCACUAUCUUUUCAAUCAGAUAUCAGCUUUAACCUUGUCUUCGGGUAUAUAUGUACACGAGUGUGAAAUUGAAAGCAAAAGAAUUCACAGAACUUGACUCGUGACUGCAUCCAGAACUUUACAUCAUGGUCGUUUUGGCUCUGUUCAUCUUCUUCAUGGCCGUGGCAAAAUUGCCCAUUUGGGCAGCUGUUGUUGAUAACUUUUACCCGUGCCGUGUGUUCUUUUAUGAGCGCACUGAACCACAAGGCAUGGAUCAAAACGCCAGUAAAAUUUGCCAGAAAUAUGGGCGUGGUGGGUAUUACUAUGCUUCACUUUACUCAACACACCACAGGAUUCCUGUGUACAGCGCCUACACUUUUGAUCACAGCUGCAGCAGCCAGGAUGGACAAAAAAACGGGAACUGGUUCAUUGAACCUCAGCUUUCAGGCUUCCCAGUGGACUCAAUGCAACCAGAGAAGCUCUUUCUCAGAGAUUCGAUCAAAUCCAGUCAAUCUCUGAAUGAUGAUUACAGAAGCACAGGCUAUGACAGAGGACACCUCAACCCCAACAGUUUCCAGUGUAGCGAUGGACUUAUGGCUACGUUCACCCUCACCAACAGUGCGCCUAUGGAUGCCUGUUUCAACCGUGUCCACUGGACACAAUGGGAGCAAAGUGUCAGAGACAUUUUAAAGGCCCUGCCUGAUUCGGGAACCGCCUACCUGGUAACAGGAACUGUCCCUUCGAAAGAUUAUAAAAUUCCAAGAAAAGGGAAAUUUGAUGAAGACGACACGAGAGAGUUCGACAGAGUCACCGUUCCGACGCACGUCUGGACAGCUGUGUGUUAUGAGAAUCAUGUUCUUGAUGAGUUGUCCUUUUCGUUUGGGUACAUCGGGCAAAAUCAGCCUGACAGUAGAAUCAAUGUAAUGACGAUACCGAAACUUAAUAAACAGCUAUCUUCUCUUUUUCAUACCACAGUAAAAAUUUACAAAGAUGACUGUUUUUCUACCAACCGCAAAUCUGAGGAAAUCAUCAAGCAGCUUUAUAAGCACAUCCAGCUGCCUAUUAGUGAUAAACUCGACAUGUCUGAUGAGUUUCUGAAUACGUUUCAUACCGCCAUAAACCAGGCUGAUGAUGACGACAAGAAACCGUCUUCAAAGAGGCCAAGGCUAACCCAGCUGACAAUAUAUCAGACUUUUGACAAUCUGGAGACUUGGUCUGAAAAGACAGAGAGCAUGAAAUACGUGUCUGGGAUGACUUGUGUACUGUCUCGUGAAUUUACUGGGCCCAUUAAGAGUCAAAGCAGCACAGGAAUUCAAAGAAGAGACACCGCUGUUGCUUCUCACGAGCUAGUUUGUCAACUCGUUCCAGAGAACGUAUCAGGCUGUACUACCUCAUGUAUGUACAAGGAGAAGGCUAGAGGUUAUUAUUGCUACUAUGGACUUACAGAGGGACCGUGUUCUCCUGAGUAUUCCAUAAUAACAGUCAGCGGGACGAUGUGUCACAGUGACCACACCUGUGGAACACACGGGUAUGAUGAUUACUGGUGCAGGGUAGGCGGGUCAUGGGAUUACUGCAGUCCCCCCUUACCGAUAGGCAAAGGGCAGAAAGGGAAGUCCUGCCGGUCUAACCACAACUGUGGCUGGUAUGGAUAUAGGUACACCUGGUGUUACACUGACUACAGUGAUAACUGGGACUACUGCUGCAAGAUUAGUGAUCGUUUUUCAGCUCGAAAUGGCAAAACCUGUAAGUCUGACCAUCCAUGUGGUUACUAUUCUUAUCGUUACCUUUGGUGCUAUACCACAGAUGGGUCUUGGGAGUACUGUUGUACCCAGUGACCCAAGUAUUUUGGUUUCCACCAAGUUCUGCUCUUUAAAGCAGACCUGUCAAGUCUAGAUUGCUGAAAUGCGAUUGAAAUUUGUGAAAAUCUGUGAGAUUCCUUCACUGCCCACCCACAUACCCAUACUGACAGUGCAAGCAUGUUGUCAAACAGGUGUAUGGUUGCACCAUCGAAAUACAGAUACCUGUCACAGGGUAGGAUAUACUAAGCACCAAGAGAACAGUCAGUUCUCGAACUUGAUGUGUUGGAAGCAGGAAAAAUGGCCGAGUUGUGAUGGCUAGAUGACUCUGAGCAUCUCUAAAAUGGCACAUCUUGUGGGGUGUCCAAAAUAUGCAGUGGUUAGUACCUAACAAAAGUGCUCCAAGGAUCCAAAGGACAACCGGUGAACCGGUGACAGGGUCAUGGGUGUCGAAGGCUAGCCCAUAUGGUCCACUCCCACAGAAGAGCUACUGUAGCACAAAGUGCUGUAAAAGUUAACACUGACACCUUUCAAAUACUUACACUUGCCCAUUUUUCCUGCUUUCAACACAUCAACUUCAGGCACCAACUGUUCACUGUUCAUUUGCUGCCGAAUAUAUCCCAGAACAGGGAAGAUAAUGAUGGAAAAAUAAUGAUUCUAAUUCACCACUCUUUCAAUGUGAGACUUGACAGGUAUGUUGUUAAAAGUAUACUUUAUUCAUUCAUUAUACCCUAAUCAUAAUAAACGUAAUAUUUUUUUUUUAGAUGGGACAAUAUAAGCAGCUUCACUUUUAGAAGUAAAUGAGAUUUAAAACUUGAUUUUUAGAUUUCAUACACAAGAAAAAACUUUCCUGUGGCCAUUUAAUUCAUGUUGUUACUCUUAGGUAUUUAAUGUUCCUGAAGGACAUAAAGGACGACGUAUUGUUGUAACCUGCCUGUGCCUGUGUAUUCAUGGAACAUCAUGACAAUUAAUAAAUCAAUCAUUAUGUUA